UUGAUUGGAUUAUCCAGGAGAAAUCAGCAUGCAAAUAAGGAUUUUCUUUGUGACAUGAUGUUAAGACUCGUCUAUUUUAUUAUAGUUUGUGUCGUCACAUUGUUUAUGGUAUUUUUGUCGAUAAGAUACACAGACAGAAAGAACCAGAUUCACACCAGAAAGAAUAUUAAUCCCAACAAUUUGGGACUUGAAGACAUUGACUACAAAUUUAGUUCUAAUGAGCAUAACUUUUCCUACUUGAUCUCUGAAUCCGAGGCUUGUCAAGACGAACAUAUUUUCUUGCUUGUCAUUGUCUGUGUUUCACCGGCAAAUUCGGAACAAAGACAAACGAUAAGGGAGACCUGGGGAUCAGUGGCGGAAUAUGACCCUUCCAUAAAAAUCAUGUUUCUGUUGGGAAAUCCACAAAAUUUAACCAUUCAAACUCAGGUCAUUGUAGAAAGUGUACAAUACCAUGAUAUUAUUCAGGAAGACUUCAUCGACUCCUACAGGAAUCUCUCUAUUAAGUCUGUUGCUCUUUUGAGAUGGGUUUCUCAGUUCUGCAAUGAUGCCGAGUAUGUACUUAAAACGGAUGACGACAUGUUUAUUCAUAUUAGAAAUUUAAUAUCGAUAUUGAAGAAUAAAAAUCCCACAAAUGCUGUCAUAGGAAAGCGUAUAAAUGGAGCUAUGCCUCUAAGGGAUGAAAAGAGUAAAUGGUUUACUUCUGUAAAGGAGUAUUCAAAACGUUAUUAUCCACCGUACUGUAGUGGAACUGCGUACGUGUUGUCUGGGGACUCUGUUGAGCCUCUUUAUAACGUUACACAAAGAGUAGCUUUAUUUUGGCUGGAGGACAUAUACAUAACUGGAAUCUGUAGAACUAUUGCAAAAGUGGAUAUCAUUGAUUUCCAAGAAUUUACUUACCUUAAACGUGACCCAACAGCUUGUUCCUACAAAACUGCAGUAUCUGGUCAUAGGUAUUCAGUAUCCGAAAUAAGGCAGAUAUGGACAGAUGUUCAAAACAAUGUACCUUGUCCAACUUCGGGUAAAAGUUAAUUGGGAAGGGUUGAA